CAAAGAGGCAUGGCUGCUAAGCUGAUUUAAUGCGCGGGCCGCGCGAAAUUGAACUGCUGAUUCCGUCGGCGGAUUUAUCGGCAGAAGUCGGAAAUGACGGAGGUUUCUGCGAGUUCUUCUGCUAGUGAUAAUCCCAGGAUGUUGCCUGAAGAACCAAUGUCUGAAGAAGAAGAAGAACAGGAAGAAGUGGAGAAUUCAUCAGCAUCUGAAUAUGAAGAUGCUUCUGAUUCAGAAAGUGAUGGAAAUGAUGAGGACAGUGAAUUCAUGGACUUUCUAUCUAAGCUAAGGGGGUCAACUGAAAUCGGAGAAAUUCUCAACAGUGAUGGCCACCGUUCCAUUCCAAGAAUAGUGGAAGAUUAUGAAGCAGUUGUUGGGAUAACAGCCAUCACUGAUACCAGAAAGGAGGGGCCUUCAUCACUUCACACGUUGCCAUUUAUUAACUCCUUGAGGGAAGUGUCCUCUCAACUGCAAACAUUUCAGGCCUCUCCUGAGACUCCAGAUGGAACAGCCUGUAGUUCAGCGCUGAAUGCUGCCCGUCAAAUUUUGUAUUGGUCAUCUGUUUUUAUUUCAAUGAUGGAGGCCAGCAAUACAGGGCAGCCUACAUGUACCGUAUCAUUAUCCACUUCCACAUCAUCCACGUUGUCAACACCAACAUCAUCUACAUCAGUGUUAGCUUCAUCAACAUCAUCUGCAUCAACAUCAUCUGCAUCAAUAUCAUCUGCAUCACCAUCAUCUGCAUCAACAUCAUCUACAUUGGCAUCAUCUAGUUUGACAUCAUCUGUAUUAACAUCAUUUACCUUGACAUCUUCUGUAUCCACAUCACCUACAUUAUCUAGGUCAUCUUUAUCCAGUCAUAACCCACCUGCUACAACUUGUGCAUCUUUGUUGUCAAAUGUUAUUCCACUAUCAGUGCAACAGGACCUGCAUCCUUUAUCCUCAUUUAAUCAGCAGUCUUCCCGCUCAGUAGUAAAUCCUCAACCUUCCUCUGCAGAUACUCUGCCAUUUGGUCAGCAUUCUCUGUCAUUUCCUCCAUUUUUUUCUGCUACUGGUUGUACAGCGUCUCCGUUUUUUCAUGCUCAGCUAUCUUCAUCAACUCCACUCCUACCUUCCACAUUAUCUGGACAACCUGCAACAUUGCCUCCUCAAGCUCCCUCUAUCUCAUCCUUGCCAGUGGAAGUCACACCAUCACCAUUACAACAAGUUUCAUCAUCUUUAAGCCUGUCACAUCCGUCAUGUAGUCAGCCUUCAUCUUCACAGUCAAGUGUCCAUAAUUAUUCAAUUUCAUCUAUAUUCCGCCCAGUCAUUUCAUCCACUGCAUCCACUGCCUUGCAGACAUUUCAUCAAAAUUCUCCUGCUCCAGCUCUUCAGCUAUCUUCACCCUCAGUUUCAUCUGUUUUGUAUCAUCAAGUGCCACCAGCAUGCUCUUCUGUGGUAUUAGAUCCUGUGACUCUUAACAUCCAUGCCAAAUAUGGUCUUCCUGGUCAAUCCUGUUUAGACUGGCUAAAUUCAUUAACAAUUCCAAGAAAUGUUGAAAGUCUGGAGCAAGUGAAGGAGAUCUGGGAGCUUGGAAGCCAACAUUGUCCACCAUUAAGAGAUUGGACUAUGCUAAUGAGGAACUUUAAGUCAUCCAAAGGACGAAAUACUUCCAUUUACAGUCAACGUAAAUUUAUUUAUUUAUUAUUUCAACGUCAUGGGUUUGAUGUUAGCAGCAUCUCUUCUCAGUACAAUGAAGUUAAACCCGGUAAACUAUACAAACUUUUAAACACUAGUAAACAAAAUUGAUGAAUGUUGUUCCUGAAAUCAUUGACUACAUUUUAAUUCCUAUCAAUAAGUUAAAGCCUUGUAUAAGGUAGCUGGUGGCCAACAAAAAUUUCCCUGCUUUCCUGCAUGAAUCUUGACUGGUUACUUUGUUACUGGUUGUUUUCAAGUGCCGUAUUUGUAGGAGUGCUUGAAUUACAUCUUGUUGGUGUUUUUAAUUAUUUAGACUUAACAAUAACUGGUCAAUUUACCUGGCAGUUUUCUCGAUGUACAUGUAAAUAUAUGCCUGCAGUUCAUUGUGGUAGUUUUGCUCAACAUUUUAUGCAUGAAAAGUAGCAUCUUGAAGUUUAAUUUUCAUGUGGCUUCUCAAUACUUGUUAUUGGUUUUACUGGCCAGUAUUUCUGCCGUUUCCUCCACUUGCUUCUUGCUCGGCAGUGAACGAGAGGAAAUUAACGUAAAAUUUGAGAUACUUACAGUUUAUCGCAUUGUUGUUUUAUAGUAAUAAUCUUUUAAAAACUUUUCAUAGGACAGAUAUUGAUUAUUCCCUAU